ACUAUUUGACGAAAUGGCAAUUAAACCUCAUUUUGAGUACAGUUCAAAAAAAGACAUGAUUGUCGGUUUCGUUGACAACGGAAAAAAGAGGGUCAAAAGAAUCGCUGACCACGCGCUAGUAUUCAUGAUAAGAGGCAUCACGAAAAAUUAUAAACAGCCGAUUAGUUAUACGUUUUGUUGUACAGCCACCGAGAAACACGAAUUAGCACAGGCCAUAAAAGACCACAUAAGAAAAUUAAAAUCCAGUGGAUUUCACGUGAUCGCAACUGUCUGUGAUCAAGGAUCAUCGAAUAUGAGCGCCAUCAAUGCACUCAUUGCCGAAACCAAACAUCGAAAUACACAUUCAACAAGAUACGUGUUUGAAGUGGAUGGCGACGAGGUAAUACCUCUCUAUGACCCCCCUCACCUUAUUAAAAAUAUAAGGAAUAAUUUAAUGACAAAAAAUUUGACUUGUUCCAUCGAUAACGAAAACAAAACUGCCAAGUGGGAACACAUCGUUAAAUUGUAUGAGGAAAAUCCGGCUUAUAAAGGCAUAAGAUUAAUGCCAAAGUUAACAGAACUACAUGUGGAUCCCAAGAAAAUGCCGAAAAUGAAAGUCAAAUAUGCAACACAAUUACUAAGCAGUUCAGUCGCUGUCAAUAUGGGAUAUUUAGCAGAGAAAGGAAUACUGGAUCCGUCAAGCAAAGAAACAGCCGACGUUAUCCUUUUUUUUGACGAAUUAUUCGACUCUGUCAACGGAGGAUUUAUGAAUGAGAAGAAGAGACCUGGCAAAGACUUACUGGGUCCACUCACACCCAAAUCGAGCCAUCAGAGUGUUUGGACGAAAAGUAAAGAGGUUUUAAAAACGAUGAAGUUUGUAACACCCCAAGGACACAGAAAAAGUCAUGUUUCGACCGUGCCUAACUGGUUACGCACCUUAGAAAAUUUGGAAUAUUUAAAAGAUCUGCUGUUCCAAAAACAUGAAAUAAAGUCCAUAUGGUUACGGCACUUUAAUCAGGAUCCCCUUGAAAACUUUUUCGGCUGUGUGAGGAGCCAUGGUGCAAGAAGUAACAACCCGACGUGUGUACAUUUUGAGGUUGCCUUCGCGGCAUUGUUAAUCAACAAUUUAAAUUCGUUGCAUUCUCCAGGAUAUAAUUGUGAGAAAGACCAGGGCCGUGGAUUUAAUUGUUUAAGUUUUUCCUACAUCACUGGUGUAAGGACACGAAUAAAUUAUUAAAGGGAACGCGAUCCGACUUCAAUCCAGAAGAUCGAAUGCGAGAAAUGACGAGGAACUAUUAUUUAAAACGAAGGAAAUGCUUUAAUCGAUGAACAGUGGGCCAAAAUAGCUUUUAUUUCAUACAGGGCUUAUUACACUUAUCCUGCCUUCCGACGGCGAACGAUCUGCCGCGACAUCGAUAGCCCCGAUAUCGGGCCAGAGGAUCGUUUUCCGUGUCGCGAAAUAUUACAUCGUUUACAAUAUUGCUUGAUGUAAAAAAAAUAGUUCAACUGCAAAAAUUAAACAUUUUUGGCAAUUCGAGACAAAGUAUUUUUUACAUGACAAAUAUUGUUAACGAUGUUCUUAUAUUUCGUGAAACGUAAAACGAUAUUGCUCGGGUGCCGAAGUCGGCCACUAUCUUAGAGCCCGACGGCAGGACAAAUUUAAUAAACCCUUAAGAGUGUAGCUUAAUUUGAUGCAAGUUAUUACUUAUUUAUUUACUUUUAAUUGAUAGAUUGACUUAAAGCAAUGAUUUUGAAUGGAAAUUGUCAAAUAGCAUUAAUUUAGAGUGCGUCUGUAAUGUAAAAAUAAAACUGUAAUCACA